AUGACUGGUGAAUCAGUUCUUGACAUGGAAGAUAAAGCUGGUGUAGGUGGUGGUGUUGAGGAUGUGUAUGGUGAGGAUAGAGCCUCUGAAGAUCAGCUUAUCACCCCAUGGACUGUUUCUGUUGCUAGCGGCUAUACGUUGUUGCGUGAUCCACAUCACAACAAAGGACUGGCCUUCACUGACAAGGAAAGAGAUGCUCACUACUUGACUGGCCUUCUUCCCCCGGCCGUUUUCACUCAAGAACUUCAGGAGAAGAGAUUGAUGCACAAUCUGCGCCAAUUUACACUCCCAUUGCAAAGAUAUAUGGCCAUGAUGGACCUUCAGGAGAGAAAUGAAAGGCUCUUCUAUAAGCUUCUGAUUGAUAAUGUCGAAGAACUGCUACCAGUUGUCUAUACUCCGACAGUUGGUGAGGCUUGCCAGAAGUAUGGAAGCAUUUUCAGGCGCCCUCAGGGUCUUUAUAUCAGCUUAAAAGAGAAAGGAAGGAUUCUUGAAGUUCUAAAGAAUUGGCCCGAAAAGACUAUUCAAGUUAUAGUUGUAACUGAUGGCGAGCGCAUUUUAGGGCUCGGGGAUCUCGGCUGUCAGGGUAUGGGAAUUCCUGUUGGAAAACUUUCUCUAUAUACAGCUCUUGGAGGUGUUCGUCCCUCAGUUUGCCUACCGAUAACCAUCGACGUUGGGACAAAUAAUAAGAAGUUAUUGGACGAUGAGUUCUACAUUGGGUUGAGGCAAAACAGAGCAACUGGCGAGGAAUAUGCUGAGCUUCUGGAAGAGUUCAUGUCUGCAGUUAAGCAGAACUACGGGGAGAAAAUCCUAGUACAGUUCGAAGAUUUCGCAAACCACAAUGCCUUUGAGCUGCUUGCUAAAUACCGCACAACUCAUCUUGUGUUCAAUGAUGAUAUUCAGGGUACAGCUUCAGUGGUUCUAGCUGGACUUAUUGCAGCUUUGAAAGUAGUGGGUGGGACUUUAGCCGAUCAUACUUUCUUGUUCCUGGGUGCUGGAGAGGCUGGGACGGGUAUAGCUGAGCUUAUAGCUCUUGAGAUAUCCAAAAAGACAGAUGCUCCAAUUGAAGAAACCCGAAAAAAAGUUUGGCUCGUGGACUCUAGGGGAUUGGUUGUUAGUUCUCGUAAAGAGUCCCUUCAACAUUUCAAACAACCUUGGGCUCAUGAGCACGAACCUGUUAAGGAACUGUUAAACGCAGUUCAGGCAAUAAAACCAACCGUUCUGAUAGGAACUUCAGGUGUUGGACGAACAUUUACUAAGGAAGUCGUAGAGGCCAUGGCAUCCUUCAAUGAGAAACCAAUCAUUCUCGCUCUAUCAAACCCGACCUCACAAUCAGAAUGUACUGCUGAAGAGGCUUAUACAUGGAGCGAGGGACGUGCUAUCUUUUGUAGUGGAAGCCCAUUUGACCCUGUUGAAUAUGAUGGAAAAGUCUUUGUGCCCGGCCAGGCUAAUAAUGCUUAUAUAUUCCCGGGAUUUGGUUUGGGCUUGAUCAUGUCUGGUACAAUACGUGUACACGACGAUUUGCUUUUGGCUGCCUCGGAAGCUUUGGCGGCUGAAGUGACAGAGGAAAACUAUGCCAAGGGACUUGUCUAUCCUCCAUUCUCUAAUAUCAGAAAAAUAUCAGCCAACAUUGCAGCAAAUGUAGCUGCAAAGUCAUAUGAACUCGGUCUGGCUUCCCGACUCCCUCGCCCCAAGGAUCUCGUUAAAUAUGCGGAGAGUUGCAUGUACACUCCUGUCUACCGCAACUAUCGCUAA